CCUAACCUAAAAAUAAAUAUCAAAAUAUAAACCAAAACAUGUUUUUUUUAUUUUUCCGCUUUAUUUAAAUUAUUUUUAAAGAAUCUCCUCUCAUUUCAAAUCAUGAUUUUGCUGCAAGAAACGUCCGAGGAUUCGGUUUUCUUAAAAACUAUUUUUUCCUGUAGUGAUAGAGUAUUUAUUCAUGAUUCAAAAGCAGACUCCCUAGGAGAGAUUCAAGUCCCUGACCCCCCAAUUUCUGAAAAUAUUUCCAAAGAACAAAAACAGGCACUAAAAAAUGCAAAAAAAGACAUCAUAUGGAUGGGAUUUUCAGCGGAUAAACAAUACUUUGCCCUGUCCACAGAAAACAAACAAAUGAUUGUCUUCAACGAUAAAUUUGAACCAGUAAAAAACAUAAUUUUAUCAAGGACAUCCAGCAAGAUAUGUUUCUCGCCAAAAAAUGACUUACUAGUGGCAGAUCGAACAGGAGAUGUUUACCUCUAUAAACUUUCAGAUGAGAAAGAUGAGCCACAGUUGCUACUGGGCCAUCUGAGUGUCAUAUCUGACAUGCUUAUCACCGAUUGUGGCCGAUAUGUCAUUACUUGUGAUAGGGAUGAGAAAGUUAGAGUGUCAUGCUUUCCAAAUGGUUAUAAUAUCAUUAGUUAUUGUCUAGGCCACACAGAAUUUGUUACCACUUUAAAAAUGAUAAAAAGUGCGAAUGUAUUAUUGUCAGCUUCGGGUGAUGGCACCGUGAGGAUGUGGAAUUAUUUGGAAGGGAAACAAAUUAACAUAAUAAAUGCUGGAAAGUUGGUGGAUGAUCAGAGUUUGGCAAGUUUUGCCAAAAAAAUGGACAGUGAAAAAGUUGAUAUAUCUGCUUUACCAAUCACAGAUAUGCAAAUAUGUGAAACCCAGUUUGAUGUACUAUUGGCACUAUCUCUUGCCACUGUUGGUAAAUUGUUUUUGUUUAAAAUAUGCCCUAAUAAUUUAGAGUAUUCUUAUGUGCAAAGCAUUGAGGUGUUUUCACCUGAUUUUACAUAUUUUUAUGAUACCAAUAAUAGCAACUUGUAUGUUUUUUCCGAUAAAAUGUUUGUUUAUAAGUUUAUUGAUGGGAAAUAUGUUGUUUUAAGUUCGAAUAGUUAUGAAGGUACUUUGGGGAAGUUUAAGGAGGGUUUCGUGAAGGAAAAUAGUGAUAUUAGUGUAUGGUAUAAGAGGAGGUUUGACAAUGUACAGGAGUAUUUAGAGAGGAAGAAAAUGAGAUUGCAAGUAAAAUAAAUAGGAGUUUACUUACUGUAAAA